GACGGGGCCAAGCAUGAGUCUGAUCACUUUUCCCCGCCCACCUCGGCCAUAUCGCCACCAGACCUGACCACACGACUCGGCCUCCCGGAAGGGUCGGUUGCAUGCACUUACGAUGAGGCUUGGACUGACAUGUCGGAGGAUUUUGCUCGCGAAAGAGCAGCCCAGCCCAGGUUGAGGACAGCGUGGACUGGGCAUCUCGCAGACGUCAAAUGUCCUCUCUCCUGUCACUCUUCGGGGCCGACGGACAAUGCUCGGUCUAGCGGCAAGGAUGGGGCAAAUGUGCCCAAAACUCGAGAUAGAAAUCCGCUUCUUCGCGAGCUCGCUCGAAAAGGGGAGUCAAAUGGAUUCAGCCAUGGCUUUGCAACAUGGCUUGAAUGUUUGCCGAAACGGAUUGUUCUCUGUUCAGAACCCCGAAUUGGUUCGUCAGUAGACGGCGAUACCGAAACACACCAGUUCCUUGAAGCACUUCUAGCCCAUCUAUUGAAGCCUUUUUGCCUGUGA